AUGGCUGAUGCCGGGAGCAGAAACAGCGGUGCCCACUCUUCAGGGGAGUACAGCGGAGUCAUUGAGGAGGCUAGUGUGGGCAUAAGUAGCAAUGUAAUGAAUACGUCAACCGUGCUAUCGUCUGGCAGUAGGGCUCAGGCAAAAAGGAGGGCUAACAGAGAGGACAGGAGGAAGAGAGAGGAGAAGAGAAGAAAGAGAAGAAAAAGGAAGAAGAGAAGAAAGAGGAGGGAGAGCAGAAGAAAGAAGGUACAGGGUCAAACUGAUAGGUGGAAAGAAUGUCCUCGUCCGGAUGACACAAUGAUGUGA